AUGAACAAAAUCGUGCUACUUUCUCUGGUGUCCUUGGCCGCGGCCGCGCCGGUGAUCGUGCAGCAGGAUCAGAACGAGCAUUUGCCUCAGCUUUACGGAGGCUACGGCGGCGGCUACGGCGGCGGUGAUUAUGGCGGCGGAGAGCUUUCCGGCGGUUACGGCGGUGACUUUGGCGGAGGUCACGGCGGAGGUUUCGAGGGAUCCUCCGGAGGACAAUUGGAGUCGGGUGGUGACCACUUGGGCUCGGAUUAUUCCUCUCUAGGAGGUGGAUACGAAGGUGGAGACGAGGGUGUUUCACUCGACGGAGGCCACAGCGUGGUGCAAAGCGUUCCCGUGUCUGAGCAUGUCGAGGUGACGAAACCUGUGCCUGUCAAAGUGAUCAAACACAUCGGAGUACCAGUCCCUCAGAUCUUGAAAAUAGCAGUGCCCCAUCCGGUACCAGUUGGCGUCCCCCAGCAAUAUCCAGUGGCUCAUCCGGUCCCAAAAUUGGUACCGGUGCAAGUGAUAAAGACGGUGGCUGUUCCAGUGGAGAAGAAGGUCCCAUUCCCGGUGGAGAAACAUAUUCCAGUGCCCGUCGAGAAGCCUAUUCCCAUCACGAUCGAGAAACACAUACCGGUGCCGGUGAUCAAGCCGUAUCCCAUCAAGAUCCCCGUCUACAAAACGAUCUACCACCACGCGAAGAAGCACUAA